ACCAAAUCGAAACGGACCCGCGACGCGGAGGUCACUCCCCUCCACCCCCCCACCCCACCCAACUUCCCACUUCCGCCCGCCUCGCCUCGCCGGCGGCGGCGAUGCCCUUCUUCUCGGGAGGCGGCGGCGGCCGCUCGGGCGCGCUGCUCCCGACCACGUCCAAGCCCAAGGGGCACCACCACCUCCGCUCCAAGGGCCUCUCCUCCCCGGCCGCGUCCCGCCGCCGCGGGGCCCACUCCGCCUCCACGUCGUCGUCGUCCUCCUCCCGCCGUGUCCUCUACCUCGCGGCCGCCGCCUUCGCUGCGCUAUUCCUCCUCGCCUUCCUCCGGCUCGGCUUCCCCUCCUCCUCCUCCCGCCCCGCUGUGACCUCGCCCAGCCACCCCCGCCCCCGCCUCACCCGCAGGCCGGCCUUCCGCCGCGACUCGGCCGCGGCGGAGGCGGCGGCCGCCGCCGUGGCCGCCCGGAUCGGCCGCGAGGCGCACGUGGACAUCACCACCAAGGACCUGUACGACCGGAUCCAGUUCCUGGACGUGGACGGCGGCGCGUGGAAGCAGGGGUGGGAGGUCACCUACAAGGGCAACGAGUGGGACGGCGAGAAGCUCAAGGUCUUCGUGGCGCCCCACUCCCACAACGACCCCGGAUGGCGCCUCACCGUCGAGGAGUACUACGAGAAACAGUCGCGGCACAUCCUCGAUACCAUCAUCGAGUCGCUCUCCAAGGAUUCGCGCAGGAAAUUUUUAUGGGAGGAGAUGUCAUACCUGGAGAGGUGGUGGCGGGACGCCCCUCGGAAGAAGCAGGAGGCGUUCGCCAAGCUUGUGCGUGACGGGCAGCUGGAGAUUGUCAGUGGAGGUUGGGUCAUGAAUGAUGAGGCAAACUCCCACUAUUUUGCUAUCAUAGAACAGAUGAUGGAGGGAAACAUGUGGCUCAAUGAUACGAUUGGAGUUGUCCCUAAAAAUUCUUGGUCAAUUGAUCCAUUUGGUUAUUCAGCUACCAUGGCUUAUCUGCUGAGGAGAAUGGGUUUCCACAACAUGUUGAUCCAGCGAACACAUUAUGAAUUGAAAAAGGAGCUUGCGAUGAAUAAAAACCUUGAAUAUUUAUGGAGGCAGAACUGGGAUAUAGAUGAAACGACUGAUAUAUUUGUUCAUAUGAUGCCCUUCUAUUCUUAUGACAUUCCUCACACCUGUGGACCAGAACCAGCUAUCUGCUGCCAGUUUGACUUUGCUCGAAUGCGUAGCUUCAGCUAUGAAUCUUGCCCAUGGAGAUUUGAUCCAGUUGAAACAAAUCCUGAUAAUGUGCAAGAGAGAGCGAUGAAACUUCUAGACCAAUACAGGAAAAAGUCUACCCUGUACAGAACGAAUACACUUCUCAUUCCUUUGGGGGAUGAUUUUCGUUAUGUUAGUACAGAGGAAGCAGAAGCACAGUUCCGCAAUUAUGAAAAGCUUUUUGAUUACAUAAACUCUAAUCCCCAUCUUAAGGCUGAAGUAAAAUUUGGUACCCUGGAGGAUUACUUCACCACACUGAGAGAUGAAGCUGAAAGGAUAAACUAUACACGCCCUGGUGAGCUGGUUUCUUCUGAGCUGCCAGGUUUUCCAACACUGUCAGGUGAUUUCUUUACAUAUGCUGACAGAAAUCAGGAUUACUGGAGUGGUUACUAUGUAUCAAGGCCAUUCUUCAAAGCAGUUGACCGUGUACUAGAACAGACACUCCGUGCCUCGGAGACUCUGAGUUCUUUUGUUCUAGGAUACUGUCAGAGGCUUCCAUGUGCAAAACUCUCUAUCAGCUUUUCACACAAGCUGACUGCAGCUAGGAGGAAUCUGGCACUUUUCCAGCAUCAUGAUGGUGUAACUGGCACAGCUAAGGAUCAUGUUGUAGUGGACUAUGGAACUCGAAUGCACACAUCAUUGCAAGACUUGCAGCUUUUUAUGUCCAGGGCGGUUGAAGUGCUUUUAGGUGAUCUCCAUGACAGAUCUGAUCCUACCUUACUAUCGCACUUUGAGCCAGUGCAGGAACGGUCAAAAUAUGAUGUUCAACCUGUAUACAAGGUUCUCAACCCUCGUGAAGGGAAAUCACAUUCUGUUGUCCUUUUUAACCCGUUAGAGCAAACGAGGGAUGAGAUUGUUAUGGUUGUUGUAAGUAAUCCUGAUGUAUCUGUUCUCAACUCAAAUGGUUCUUGUUUGAAAAGUCAAAUUUCCCCCGAGUGGCAGUAUGUCAGUGGUGACAAGGUUUCUACUGGCCAGCACCGUCUCUAUUGGAGAGCUUCUAUUCCUGCACUAGGUCUGGAGACCUACUAUGUUGCUACUGGUUAUGAGGAUUGUGAAAAAGCGACUCCGGCUGUGGUAAAGGCAUUCACAACUGCUGGGCAAUUUCCUUGCCCUGAACCAUAUGGUUGUUCAAAACUGGAAGAGAAAACAGUGGAGAUGAAGAACUCUUACCACACUCUCUCUUUUGAUGUAAGGCACGGCCUCCUCCAGACAGUCACUCGCAGCAAGGAUGAGAAACACACUGAGAUUGGUGAAGAAAUUGGCAUGUACAGCAGCCAUGGUAGUGGGGCAUACUUAUUCAAACCAAUAGGGGAAGCUCAGCCUGUUGUUGAGGAAGGAGGAUAUUUCAUCCUUAGUCAAGGACCAUUGGUUCAAGAAGCCCAUUCCCUUCCAAAGACAGAGUGGCAGAAGUCACCUAUCUCACAUAGCACACGCAUUUAUAGCUGUGGAGACUCCAUACAGGAUAUGCUGAUUGAGAAGGAAUACCAUGUUGAACUUGUGGGCCAUGUAUUUAAUGACAAGGAGCUGAUCGUCAGAUUCAAGACAGAUAUUGACAACCAAGGAGUCUUCUAUUCUGAUCAAAACGGCUUUCAGAUGAGUAGGAGGCAGAUGUAUGAUAAGAUCCCUUUGCAGGGCAAUUAUUACCCAAUGCCAUCACUUGCUUUUUUACAGGAUUCCCUAGGCAAUCGGUUUUCAGUACACUCCAAGCAGUCAUUAGGGGCAGCAAGCUUAAAAAAUGGGUGGCUGGAGAUUAUGUUGGAUCGGAGACUAACUCAGGAUGAUGGUCGUGGUCUGGGCCAGGGAGUGAUGGACAACCGGCCUAUGAAUGUAAUCUUCCACCUUCUCAGGGAGUCUAAUGUUUCUGCUUUGCCUAAAACCCACAGCUUACUAACUCUUCAACCAUCUCUUCUCUCCCAUCGUGUGGGUGCACACUUGAACUACCCAAUGCAUGCUUUUGUGAGCAAAAAAAGUCAAGAAAAAUUGUUCAAGCUUCCUCAACAGACAUUUGCUCCGUUAGCUGCUCCUUUGCCCUGUGAUGUACAUGUUGUGAACUUGAAGGCCCCUCAGCCUCUAAAAUUUCACCAUUCUGAAGCAGUUGAAGCAAGAUUUGCUAUUUUGUUGCAACGAAGAGGCUGGGAUGCAUCAUUCUGCAGAAAGGGUGGAUUAAAUUGUACAACUAUUGGAGAAGAGCCUGUGAAUUUGUUCUACAUGUUCAAAGAUCUUGCAGUUCUGGAUGUGAAGGCAACUUCUCUGAAUCUCUUACAUGACGACCCUGAAAUGCUAGGGUACCUUGAGCAAAUUGGUGAUGUAGCUCAGGAGGGAAACGUUCUUAUCUCACCAAUGGACAUUCAGGCAUACAAAUUGGACCUACAGCCACAAUCAUCGCAGGAAGAGUAGUAUGUCGAGCAGUUUGUUGAUUUUGAUCUGUGCUUCUAACAGGAGAUGAUGGCUUUAUCCGGAACAACUCAUAGUUGCAUAAUGAUUCUACUGGAGCGUCUGCUCUCCACAUAUAUCUGCUCUACUUCCUAUCAAUAUCAGGUGAUUAUCGAGAUUCUCUAAGUUGUAAAUAUAGAGGCAUCGGGUACUUGGAUGACCUUUGGAUACUAUCCUCAUAAUUCAUCUCGGCUGUUUCCAGCAACCUUCCGAUACACACAGGUGCAUAUACUUCCUUUCUUCUUGGUGAUUGUUCGACAAAUUGUAAGGUUGGGGCAAAUUCAAGCAAGUAAAUUGAUGUAGGAGUAGUUUACAUUUCUUUCUGCUCAAGUGCAGAUCUGCACUUCUGCAAUGCUAUUACAGCUUCUGCAUGCUUGCUGCUGUAGUCUGUAGUGUUAUAUCUCUUUUAGUGCUACCAUAGUACAAAUCUGAACCUAUAUGUAUGAGCAAAAUUUUAUGUACCUCCUUUUGGUAUCUGACUUUUGUAGUGUGAUCACAGAACCUGCUGGCAAGAUCUGAAAUAGUGUAGACACUUAAUUCUUGCUUUCAGCGUUUUCACUUGUACAGAUUAUGCUUUUAAACAUUUUCUGAAGAUUGCUCGAACA